AUGCUAUUUUCUAUAUUUAGAGCAAUAAACGCAUUUCUGAACACGGGAAAAGGUGGUACUGUGUAUUUAGGAAUUGUUGACGAGGGCGUGGUCAAAGGAAUAAGGUUGUCACAGUAUCAGGUAUAUUGUAUGAGGCUGUUCGUAUGAGCCAGGAAUGAAUCGUGGCAUGAAAUUGUUUCCUAGUUACCGUAAACGCUCGUUUGAAUGAACUUUAUAAUGUAACUGGAAUCCAACUAAGCUAAUUCAUCUUUAAAAUAUUAUUCUGGAUGUUUAUCAAAGCCGUGAUAAGAGCUUUAUUAAUUUAACAGGGCCAGCCCCUUUACAGCAGUUGCAGCAAAAGGAAAAUUAAACUAGAGGUCUCUGUUGCUCUUGAGUGACCCCAUUACCUCUGUGGCAAGCAGUAUCAUGUCUAUGUAACAUCUAUGUCUCUUCAUAGAAAGACCAUGUCUUGGUUGCAAUGAAUGAUCUCAUGAGCAGAUAUGAGCCCAAAGUCAACUCAGAAAGAUACAAUGUGAGCAUGUUGAUUAAAACAAUUGUUGUCUCUUGUCUCCUUUAUCAUACGAGUCACGUUUUAGGGGGAGUUACUAUUUUUAGACUUUUAGCUAGGGUUAGAGUUCGGAUUAGGGAAAGGAUUAUGGUUAUAUGAUUAAGAUUAGAGCAUGAUUAGAGUAAGGGUUAGUUUAAAAUAAAAAAAUACAAAAGUGUAAAAAUAGUAACUCCCCCUUUAGUAAAACGCGACAGGUAUAUCCUUUUAUACACUUGGUAAACAAUUUAUUAUGUGCUAGGUUGAGUUUGUGCCAGUUUUAUCGAAAAGUGAAGACACAUUGAAACAAGAAUAUCCUGCAAUCAGGUUUGAUUGAUUGGUUGCUAAUUAAUAAUAAGUGAUAAAUAGUAAUUAUGAUCGAUUAGGCUCAAUCGUUACGCAAACCUAUUUUGCAAUCAGAAAUCUACUUUCUAUUAAAUUAUUGCAGUCAAAUACUGUCUAACUUAUGUUUUACAAAUUUACAGUGAAGAUCAUGGUAGAUUGAGGCGUCACUUGCUGCGGACGCCUGAAUAUUGUUGGUGCGACAAAGAUGCUAUUGCCCAGUUUGCAUUGGUACGAAAUAAUGUCUAUAUAACAGUUUAUAUAACAGUGGCUAAUGCAUAUUCCUUUCACCACUGUAGCCAGGGCUCAAUUCCUCCAAUAUAUCCAAUUAUAAUUUCCUCUCCAUCACAUUCAAGAAUAGUGCUUCCAGUUUGACCAUACCAAACAUGACAGAUCUUCUCUGGGAACUCCUGUUUCCUCCUAGUCACACAAGAAUGGGUGACCCUAAUGUUUACCCUAGAAAGAACAGUUUAGAACUGAUAGAGCUAUCCAGUAUAAAUAAAGCUAGUUUAGUUUAGGUUUCCUCCUGUAGUAAAACUGGAUCAAUAGGAGAUGAUUCUUACUGGACCUCUAGGAAGAGCAGUUUAGAACUGAUAGAGCUAUCCAGUAUAAUUAAAGUUAGUUUAGUUUAGGUUUCCUCCUAUACACAGGUGGGAAAAAUAGGCAAGCACACAGAAAUGUUAAACAGCUGUAGGAAAUAAGUUUGAAUGAAGAUUUGCUAUUGAAAAUUUGAAGGAAAACCUUAACACCCAUGUCCCAGACAUAUUUCCUUGAAUUUAAAACCCUGGUCAGCUAGAACAACAUAUGUUUAUGCACAUGCAGAUUUAGCUAGCUUUUAACUUAAUUUACUUUACAUAAAUUUAACUUUACUUUACAUUUAGCUUUUAACUUUAUCUUUAGCUAUUAAACUUUAUCUACUCUAGGGCAUUGAACAAGUGGACUACGUGAUAGAAAUAACCAUUCACCCAUACAAAGAUAAACUGACGGAAAUCUGGGGUGACAAGUAUAGACUUGAUCUACACCCAGUUCACCAGGACGAGGAAGGGAAUUGCUAUUUUAGAAGACAAGCAAGUCUUGUACAAGUAUUUGUCUCGGUUACUUUUAACUGUUUAUUUUCUGCUGAUGGGGUUUCAGCAUCCAUUAAAAGACAGAUGUGGUCAACUUACUUUGCGUUCUGUUUAGUACAAGCACUCGGACAUUUAUCAGCAAACAAAGGAAGAAGUGAAACAAUACUACGAAGAAAUUAUAAACAAGUAAGAGAACAUGUUUUUAGCCUAACCAAAUCCUCUGACCUCUGCUAAGCCAUUGAGCAGCAGCACUUGCUCCUUGGGGAGUAAAAUUGUCUGUCAUUAGACAGAGUAAAAUAAUAUGGUGUUAGACAGAUUAAAAUAAUAAAGUACAUUGGGCACAAUGCAACUUGAUGUGUUGACUAGACAUUGAGUGUCCGCACUUUCCUUGACAAGUAAAAGCAUCUGGCAUUUAAUAGACAGAGUACAGUAAUAUAAUAAAGUUGGAUGCAACAUUGUAACUUUUAAAAUUGAUUAAACCAUUUAAAUGGCAAGGACUUAUUUUAUAUAACUUUUGUGUAUUAUGCAUAGAAUACUUUAAUUUGUUCCUAGCCAUAAUUUUACUUUGCUUCUUUUUUUACCUAGAUUGAAAGAAGAGAUCCGCGAAGCUAAAGGUCUACGUCGAAAGCCGCCAUCAAAAAAUAAACUUUCAAUACACUCUUUCGAUCUUGGCU